GGUCAGUUUGGAGCGGCGUCGAAAAGCGAGCGGUUGUUGAGCAGCGGAGCCAACAGCAAGCAGUGAAGCAGAGCAGACAGCAGAACAGAAGAGGAGGAGGAACAGUAUCGUCAUGUAUCACCUGAAGAGUCUCGCCCGCCAGGGAGCCCUGCGUCAGCAGGAGUUGGCCACGCUGGCCAAGGCCCUGCCCACGGCAGUGAUGCACUCGAGCCGUGGCUACGCCACCGAGCACCAGAUCCCCGACCGCCUGAAGGACGUGCCCACCGCUAAGGAUCCGCGCUUCUUCGACAUGGUCGAGUACUUCUUCCACCGCGGCUGCCAAAUCGCCGAGGAGUCCCUCGUCGACGACAUGAAGGGCAAGUUGACCCGCGACGAGAAGAAGCAGAAGGUGAAGGGCAUCCUUAUGCUGAUGCAGCCCUGCGACCACAUCAUCGAGAUCGCCUUCCCCCUGCGCCGCGAUGCCGGAAAUUACGAGAUGAUCACCGGCUACCGUGCCCAGCACAGCACCCACAAGACGCCCACCAAGGGAGGUAUUCGCUUCUCGUUGGAUGUGUCACGCGAUGAGGUCAAAGCCCUUUCCGCCCUUAUGACCUUCAAGUGCGCCUGCGUGGAUGUGCCAUUCGGUGGUGCCAAGGCUGGCCUGAAGAUCAACCCCAAGGAGUACUCCGAGCACGAGCUGGAGAAGAUCACCCGCCGCUUCACCCUGGAGUUGGCUAAGAAGGGCUUCAUCGGACCCGGCGUCGAUGUCCCUGCUCCCGACAUGGGAACCGGCGAGCGCGAGAUGUCCUGGAUUGCCGACACCUACGCCAAGACCAUCGGCCACCUGGACAUCAAUGCCCAUGCCUGUGUCACCGGCAAGCCCAUCAACCAGGGUGGAAUCCACGGACGCGUCUCGGCCACCGGUCGCGGUGUCUUCCACGGCCUGGAGAACUUCAUCAACGAGGCCAACUACAUGAGCCAGAUUGGAACCACUCCCGGCUGGGGCGGCAAGACCUUCAUCGUCCAGGGCUUCGGUAACGUGGGCCUGCACACCACCCGCUAUCUGACCCGCGCAGGAGCCACCUGCAUCGGUGUCAUUGAGCACGACGGUACCCUGUUUAACCCGGAGGGCAUUGACCCCAAGCUGCUGGAGGACUACAAGAACGAGCACGGCACCAUUGUCGGCUACCAGAAUGCCAAGCCCUACGAGGGCGAGAACCUCAUGUUCGAGAAGUGCGACAUCUUCAUUCCAGCUGCCGUCGAGAAGGUCAUCACCAGCGAGAACGCCAACCGAAUCCAAGCUAAGAUCAUUGCCGAGGCUGCCAACGGCCCCACCACCCCCGCUGCCGAUAAGAUCCUGAUCGACCGCAACAUCCUGGUCAUCCCCGAUCUGUACAUCAAUGCCGGUGGUGUCACCGUCUCCUUCUUCGAGUGGCUGAAGAACCUGAACCACGUCUCGUACGGUCGCCUGACCUUCAAGUACGAGCGCGAGUCCAACUACCAUCUGCUCGCCUCAGUCCAACAGUCAAUUGAAAGAAUCAUUAAUGACGAAUCCGUGCAAGAGUCCCUGGAGCGUCGUUUCGGCCGUGUCGGCGGUCGCAUCCCCGUGACCCCCUCGGAGUCCUUCCAGAAGCGCAUCUCCGGUGCCUCCGAGAAGGACAUCGUGCACUCCGGCCUGGACUACACCAUGGAGCGCUCCGCCCGCGCCAUCAUGAAGACGGCCAUGAAGUACAACCUUGGCCUGGACCUCAGAACCGCUGCCUACGUCAACUCGAUUGAGAAGAUCUUCACCACAUACCGCGAUGCCGGUCUGGCCUUCUAAGCCCGCUGAGUGUGCUGAUUAGCCCCUCCCCAGACUCUUAACUAGAUAAUUAAGCAAUCGAACACUCAAGAGAGCAUAACUACUGCUAUUGCUCCAUGCACCGCCGUCUUAGAUGAAAAUGUCACAAACAAAGCCGAUAUGCAAGAAUCGUAAUUUAUAAUCUACGGCAAUUGGAGCUGGCCGAAAUUACUCUUUUUAAACAAAAGCAAAACAAACGCCAACUUUCGCCCGUGUUUCGUAUUAAGUUGAACAAGUUGCGAUCUUAUUAUUGUUGAUUUUCUGUAAUUUUUAAGUUAAUGAGCGUCAAAGUGAAGCAAUUGCAUUUUCAAUUAAGUAUCGCAACGUCUCGUACCGUCAAGUCACGUUUAUCGUACGAUCGCUCCGUUGCCGUAACAUUAAAAUAAUCAAAUAUACAAAAACAAACUAAAUUCUAAA